AUCAAUAAAAAUUCUGAUUCUGCGUUGCAGUUGUCACAUUUUCGCAAAUUUGUUAUGUAACGUUAAGAUUCAUGUCACAUGCUUUAAAUACAACCCAUUAUGUGAUAAUUUCUGGAUGUUGCAUGCUUAUUAGUUACAAACAGUGGAAGAAAGGAAAAAACAAACUGAAGGACAAUGGCUGUUAAAAUUUUAGAUGAGGAUCAUCUCCUUAUAAGUGCAAUAAUAACUGUUGGAAUGCAGCUUAUUUUCUUUUUCAUAGCUGCAUCUUUCCAAUUUGAUAAAAUUACCGAUUUUGCUGGUGGUACAAAUUUUAUUAUAAUUGCAAUUUUGACAUUUGUUCUUUCUAUGACCUAUGAACUGAGACAGCUUCUAGUCACCAUUUUUGUUUGUAUAUGGGGUUUGAGACUGUCUGGAUUUCUCCUGUACCGAAUAAUCAAAAUUGGACGAGACAAGAGAUUUGAUGAUCGCCGAAGCAAUGUGAUUCGCUUUGCAGUUUUCUGGACAUUCCAGGCUAUUUGGGUGUUUACUGUAAGCCUCCCCGUAAUUUUUAUCAACUCGCCAAGAAAAACUGCUCCAGCUGUUAAUCCAACUCCAAUGACAACAUUAGAUAUCGUGGGAACUACUAUGUUUGUAGUUGGCUUCUUAUGUGAAUCUAUUUCAGAUAUACAAAAAUUUCAGUUCAAGGAAAAUCCCUCUACAAAAGGUCGAUGGUGUGAUGCAGGAUUAUGGAAGUAUUCCCGGCAUCCCAAUUAUUUUGGAGAGAUUCUUCUAUGGUGGGGUAUGUUUGUAAUUUCAGUGAAUGCUAUUCGAGGUGUGGAGUGGGUUGCCAUUUUGAGUCCAAUUUUUACAACUGCUAUCAUUCUUUUCCUUAGUGGAAUUCCUUUGCUAGAAAGGAAUGCUGAUGAAAGGUUCAGAAACAUUGAAGAAUAUAGAAUUUAUAAAGCCACCACCAGUCCGCUGAUACCUUUGCCGCCCACUGUGUAUGCAGACAUUCCAACUUUAUUUAAAGUUUUAUUGUUUUGUGAGUUUCCACUGUAUAACUAUUUGGAUCCAAGUAAAGAUGCAACAGAAUCAGGUGAAGCUUCUGGUCCAACUCCAACAUAACUCUGAAAGCAUAUAAUUCCUAUUUAACAUUGAAUUUUUUUCCCCCUGAUCUCUUUUCAUCCUUAAACUGUAUAGCAAAAUAUGUUACCGAUUCUAGUCUUCAGUAAGUUACAAAAACUAGUAUUCAUCAUACCUGUAGAAUGGUGCUACUAGAAACUGCCUUGCAGACAACUCUAUCCUUUACUGUUAUUAAUAGGUUUGUGGUAAUGUAUUUCAUUUACGGAUCUGCAUUUUAUGUAAUAUUAUGCAAUAAAUUCAUAUAUUUAAAAAGAAAAAUGUAAGUGUAAAAAAAAUUGUUAAAGUUAUUCUUUUGAGAAUAUUUAUCUAGUGCCAUAACAUAUAGAAAUAGUCUUCCUAGAAUGUUAUUUCUUGUUGACUUGUAAGAUAUAUUUGGAAAAUAUUAGAUAGACAUUUAGUUAUUAAGCACAUUCUCAUAUAUUCUUUCACUGUUUCAUAUUUUUUAAAAAAUAUAUUAUUUAUGUGUUAGGACAUUACACAUUUUCUAUAUCUUGUAGUUAGGUUUAGUUUGAAAAAACGAUGCUUGUUCCCAAAUGAUAAGUUUUAAUUUUUGGGGAAUUAUUUAUUAUAAUUUACUUUCAGCCAUUCUUGCAUCAAAUUAUAAACUCUUCACUACUAUAUCUAAGUACUACGAUCAUAAGAUGAUAAACAUUAUGCUGUUAUCAGGUAUUAGGUCGUACUUAUUUAUUGAUUUUAAUCAUAAAUUUUCUAUUAUAGUAUCAUAGCUUAGAGGGCUAUUAUGUAAAUUAAAACAGUUGUAAAUUUAUAUAUAUGUGUCAUAGAUGCCAAUAAUCAGUAUCACAGAAUGUCCUGGUUUUUAAUUUUUAAUCCUUACUUAAGAAAAUGUUUCCUAGUAAUAAGGGAACUUUAUUGAAUUAUUGAAAUUUAAUUGUGCAAAUUUUCUUAUUAAAUUUGAUUUGAUCUGAAAUAGAUUAAUGUACUGUAAACAUUUGUAGAAUUUCUUAUGGAGAUUCAAUGUCUUUAAUAUUUAAUUUUUUGCAUUACAUUGAUGGCACAUUACUAAGUUUUAUGUAUGCAAUAAUAAAUAAAUAAAAUUAAUCAUCAGUGUGCAUGUAUUAAUGAUUAUAACAUGUACACCUUGCACAAAAAAAGGGGGUGGCAAAUUUCUGUAUCUUCUGUUCUACUGGAUUGAUUGACAAAAUUUAACUUUCUGUUUUCAUGUCUCAAAAGCCUGACAUACAAUAUAUAUAGCAUUGUUCUAAUAUAGAUAUUUUGAUACAAAAUCCGACUUUCUCUGAAAUUACAUGUUUAUUGUGUAAAGUUUGAGGAGAAACGUCCUGAGAAAUUUUUAAAUUUGUCUUGGCGCACUUUUUUCGUUUUGUGCCAGGAAUAGUUCACUUGGUGAAAUUCUUAAUUUAUGUUAACCAAUUUCGUUUCCCAUUCACUGUGCAAGAGCAGAAUAAAAGAUGCAACAUUCAUUCUUUCAAUUAGUUUUAACAAAGUGCUUAAAUCAUGUUUGGUGGUAUUACCACUUAUAACAAAUACACCAAAUUUCAAAAUGUGCCAGCAUAUAAAUUCAUGUAGAUUUUUGGAAAUUAUAGAUAAAAAAUUCGUACAUCUACUUUAAGAUGAUGGCAAAAAUUUCAUAGUUUUUAAUUCAA